AUGGACGCUUUUGCGGUCAGCGAGAAUAUCCUGCCAGAACAGGAGAAGCCAGAUGUCAACCGCAAUCAGAGCACCAAUACGGAGGAAUCGAAUAAGUUUCAGCGGGCUAUAGCUUCAUGGCGAGGUAUCGAUCUAACUAAUACUAUACCGAAACUUGACGCUACUGCCUCCGAGAUUGUCGCAAACCAGCGAGAUGCUCUCGUACAAAGGAAGGAUCUUGCCCAAAAAACGAAAGACUUCAGGAAGCUUGAUGAUGCUUCGAAAUUGACAGAAUACAAGGGACUUUUGAAAGCGUACCAAACGUUCAUUGAUCUUUUGACCACCCAUGGCAAAACAUCCUCGUCAGCAUUUUUACAACUAUACUCCCCGCUUUCCGAAGCUCCCGAUCCAUAUCCCCUCCUCGAAGCAUCCGUCGAUUCGUUAGUGGUAUCUGAAGACACCGUCCCGAAACUCACCGCGGAAAAGGAGCAUUUACAAAAAUCUGUGGCCAAAUUGACAAGUCAACUUGAAACUACCGAGAAACGUUUAGAAGAAGAAAGCGAAGCUCGAAAGAAACUAGAAGAUUCCCAGGAAUCAAGGAUCAAAGAAAUUGAAUCGUCUUGGGAAGCAGUACUAUCGGAGAAGAGCAACAAUUGGGAGGCUAAGGAGAAAACAUUAGAGGAGAAGAUUGAGAAUCAGGAACGAUUGGUCAAGGAACUGAAGGCUUCCCUGGAGGUGUCACAGCGACUAGAUAGAGAUGAGGAUGUCGAUUCGGCUCGCAACACCGCGACAGCAGCCGAGCUUGAGAUUGUCGUCUCGGAUCUGGAAAAGACUAGUUUGAGAUUGGCCGAGGUUGAGGCACGUAAUGAGCAGAUGCGGUUAGAACUAGCUCAAGCUGCGUCUCAUUCUCAAGCCGAACAAAGGCCUAUUGAAGAUGAUCCAUCAUAUCUUCGAUUGCAAUCCGAAAACUCGGCUUUGAUUAGGAAACUCGAUGCAGCAAGGUUCGACCGCGACACCGAAAAGCACGACUGGGAGAGCAAGGUCCGUCAAUUUGAGCGAAUUAAUGCCAAGCUCAGCGUGGAGAAGGAUGAGUUCCGAUCAAAACUCGACAAAUAUGCCGACUACGAGGAUAUCAAACGGGAGCUCGAGGUCAUCAAGUCUAUCGAAUUUUCUACUGGCGAUGAUGAUGAGUCUGGCAAUAUUCCAGAAGAACUCAUUAGCACGAAUGGCACUGCUAAAUCUAAAGACAAUUCGCUGGAACAGUUACUGAUGGCUCGCAAUAAGAAACUCGGCAAUGAACUCACAGUACUUAGGGUCUCUCAUCGUGAUCUUCAGAGUCAGAUCGAGACGUUACAAGAAGAAUCAUCCACAACAAAAGCCGAGCUAGAGAAAUCUCAGCAGCUAUGUGCAACACUUGAAAAUGACCUCUUGCGCAUGCAAAAGAGCACAAAUGUUCUACCUUCUGCUGCAAUGUCUGUUGCAGGCACCUACACAUCUCGUUUCCCUUCAUCUCGACGGGGAGGCGCCACAUCUCCCACGUCGUCAAUCAUCUCCGGUUUUGAUCAAGUCGCCGCUUCUGCAAAUACAAUGGAUGCUAUUCGUGCUGGUGAAGCAGUUGGUGGCGGCUCUGGUAUUUUGCCAAUGAUCCAAGCUCAGCGAGAUAGAUUUAAGCAAAAGAAUGCUCAAUUGGAGGAAGAACUAUCCAAAACUUACGCAACCGUGAAAUCUCUCCGAUCAGAAGUUGCUUCUCUUCAAAAAGAUAACCUGAAUCUGUACGAAAAGACUCGAUAUGUUUCAACAUAUAGUCGCAACCAAGGAGGUGGCGCAUCCACAUCAGCAUCUUCCUACGGCAAUCGACCCAGCGCAGCCUCAGUAUACGCAUCCGACGAAACUCCAUCGGGCGUCUCACUUGACAAAUACCAAUCCGCGUAUGAAGCGCAAAUAUCACCAUUUGCAGCAUUUAGAGGUCGCGAGGCUACAAGGGCGUACAAACGCAUGUCUCUCCCCGAACGAUUAGUGUUCUCCAUCACACGAGUGGUCCUAGCAAAUCGAACAAGUCGAAAUAUCUUCGCGGCAUACUGUUUUGCGUUGCAUGUGUUUCUUUUUGUUAUGCUGUACUCUAUGAGCGCCGUUGAGAUUGAGAAACACCAUAUUGACAAUCUUGCUAAUGGCGCCGCGGCUGUGGCUGCUGGUGCUGGUGCUGGCGGCGGCGGCGGUGGUGGUAGUGCUGCUGCUGGCAAAUUACAUGGAGAUGAUUGGCAACAAGAGGGAUUUAGCACCUGA